CCUCUAAAGGGGAUCAACUGCUUAAUCAGAUUUUCAGCAAUUGGCUGGCAAAGUACUUAAAAGAGCUUAAUUGUGUUUUUUAAAUGCAAAAUUCGUAUUGGUUAGGCCUCGUGUUAUAUUUAUUUUUCCUUCUGUGUCAAUUUUCUUAUCAAAAUGUAAUUGUUUGAUUUGUUGAAAUCAAAUAGGAAUAUCGAUACGUUGAUAAAUGGGUCGGAAACAAACAAUAUCUUAUCAUUGCUGGAUACCAUCGGAAAUACAAAGGAAAAGUGUUACUUUUGUAGAAAAUCUGACUUUGUCCGUACUAUAGCAACGCAAAUUUUGUGGAAAUAUGCAAUGAUCACGCCAACAGAAUGUGGAUUUUUUUAAAUGUGAAUUUUUAUUCUACAAUUUGAAAAGUGCAAUAUUUGACAGUUUAUUGUGAAAAUGUCUUAAGAUACAUAAUUCAUUACUGCAAUUACUUGAAGUUAGUUUUUUCGUAUUUAUAUGCAGUGUUAAAAAUUGCAUUUAUAUUGGAUACGUUUUGUAAUUUGAGACACGCACGCAUAUGUUCAUUCCUCCAGGAAAUUGUAUCUAUUUAGAUCUUUUAUGAUUACAUAGAGAGAUCAAUUUCAACUAGAGAAACUUCUUUGAAAAUGGGAAAGUCAUACAACCAGUGUAUAUUGUUUCACCUUCCAGAUCGGCUGCUGUUGUUACUAUUACGCACAUGUGAUGAAGGCUCUACAGUUUAAAGCGAAAGAGGAAGAAGAACUUUUAUCAAAAUGGAGGGAGAUCAUACCUACUUCUAAUGGAAAAGGGAGGUCGCAGCGUUGCCAGUAAUUUGUCCCGGCAAGAAACUUUUGACACCGACUCCAAGUUUACAGCACGCUCUAAGAGCGGGAGUGUGAAAAGAGGAGAUUUGUCGCUUCCUGUUAUUGGUCCGCGUGAUCUAGUCCGACAAAAUUCUCCGGACAGAAUUCAAAAUAAGCAUAGUGAUAGAGAAUCUUCUCCAGACGCAGUCUUCGGCAAGGGUAUUCACAGUGAUAGAACUUACACGGCAAAUUUACUUGGAAAGUCACGUGACAACAUUUCUGAUGACAAAACUCCAUAUAAGGUCAGAAACAAAAAAUACCCAGAUAUAUCAGAAGACACUGAUUCUGUCAAGGAAUCAAAAUUAAACGAACUGAAAAAAUCUGUGAUCAGUAAACAAGUUAAUGAAAAAAGAAAAAUUGACUCUAAAAGUGUUGAAAGUGGCGAUUCUUCGAAGGAAAAUAAAAUAAUUGGUGCUAAAGAAUCUCCAGUAAAAGAAGUCAAAGCAAAAUCUACAAAUACUUCAAAAAGUGACAAUUCUUUGAAAGAAAAUAAGAUAAAAGAGAAAAACACGUUAGAAAGUAAUACUACUUCAAAGGACAGUAAACUUAAUGAUAAGAAAAUUUUGAAUACCAGUACAGUAAUAAAGGAGCGUAAAAGUAACGAAAACAAACCUUUGGACAAGGCUGUAACAGUGAAAGAACGUAAAAUUAACGAUAAGAAAACUGUAGAAAGCGUUGUUUUAAAAAACGAUAAGAAAACAUCGGUGAAUACUAAUUUAUCUAAUAAGUCUAACGAACAAAAGGAUAUUAAACCGACAAAGAGAGAGACUUCUGUAGAUUCAAGUGUACCUCAGUUAAAACAGUUGAAAAGAACAAUACAAGAAAAAUCCAGUGAUAAAGCCAAUAAAGACAAAUCCAGUGAGCCGAAACUCGUAAAGAGAGAGACACUUCGUGAUAAACUUACAAGUACUCCAAUUAGUGACUAUACAAGUAAUACUGCUGUUCGACCAGUUAAAGCAACCAACACCUCAGUUUCUAAAGUACAAAUCAAAGAAACAAAGCCAGUUGAAGGCAUUAAAAAGGAAGAAAGUAAACGCCCGAAGGAAAAUCAAACCCAAAUAACUAAAACAACAUCACUAAAGAGUACUCAAAAAGUAGAAAACAAAGUUGUACGAGAGCAAAUUAAUUUGAAAUCAGAAAACAAACUUUCAAGAACACAAACAACUGAAACCGUUGAUAAAAAAUACGAAGACACCAAAAGAAACCGAUUGAGAAAUAUUAAUAGUGUUGCAAUUACUGAGGAAAAUAGUACAUCGAAAAAAGUUACAAAAGAAACACAUUCAAAUUCCAAACGACAAAAUUAUUCAUUGAAUGAGCGUAAGCCGUCGUUGGAUUCGCUCGAAUCGGGAUUUGCUUCAUAUCGACAAAACGAUAAUCGACAAGGAAAGGAAGAGGAUGUGAUUUCACUUUUGACGGUAACGGACACUGAAGUGGGAAAACCGCCGGAAAACACUAUACUUGAUCGACCGCGCAGUGAUAAAAGUCGCAUUAGUUUAAGGUCUGAACAGGGUCCGACUGAUAAGUUCAAGGAUAAUCGUCCAAUGGAACCAGUCGUUCAAAGGAAACCAGGAUCCGAAAGAAUGACGGAAUCGUAUGAAUCAAUUUACGAGGAACGGAGAACUCUUCUGGAGGCGGAAGGGACAUAUCGAAAACGUAUAAAACAACUCGAAGAUGAAAUGAAUCAGUUCUUGAAAACUAUUGACGAUCUGCGUUCAGAAAACCGAGCACUGAGAAAUAGAAUUGACUCACUUGAAAAUUCUGAAAAUUCGGGAGGUAAUCAUGAAAAUGAACAAUUGAAUUUAACAAUACAGUCUCUUCAAGCACAGAAUAAACUUUUAGAAUCAAAGCAUGAUAAAACAGUGGCUAAAAUUGCAAAACUCGAAAAAGAAAAGGACAAACUUACCUCUGAAAAUAACGACUUGACAUCGAAACUAACUGAUCUUCAAGUUAAAUAUAGCAAAGUUGACAAUGACUUGGCAAAACUUAGAUUGGAACAAAAUAGUGACUCAAGUAAGUUCGAAAGAGAAUUUAGUCAAUUGCGGAAUGAUUUGAAAACGGAACAGUCAGUGCGAAAAAAGCUUGAGGAUCAAAAUACAAUUUUGAAAACGGACAAAGACGUGUUGAAGGACGAAGUUGCUGCGCUGCGUUCACUUAACAAGAACUUAGAAGCAAUAAAUGAAGAAUUCAAAAAUGAAAAUAUUACUACUGGUGAACUGCCAAAUAAAGUAAAAAUGGAAUUAAAAUCACAGAUUAUAACACUUCAAACUGAUAAUCAGUCUUUAAACGAAGAAAACAUCAGAUUAAAAGCUGAACACUUGAAACAAGUAAAGUCAAUUCAUGAUUUAGAGAAAACCGCAAAAUCUUUCGAAUCUAGUGUAACAGCAGUCGAAUCUUCGAAAAUGACGGAAAUUCAGGAUUUGCAAAACGAGAAUGCGAAACUCAAAUCAGAAAUCAAAGAUUUGAAAGAAACACAUGCUGAUGCAAAUAAUAAAAUCAAAUCUCUAGAAUCCGAAAACAAAGUUCUAGACGAAACUCUAUCUCAAAAGAAAGUCGAAUUGUCAGAGUUGAUGACAGCACUUAAAGACGACGAUAAAUUUGAUAGUGAGAUAAAACGUUUAAGAGCAGAAAACGAACGAUUAAAAACUGAAUGUGAGGAGAAAGACAAAAAAGCAGACGAUUCGAGUAAAAAUCUACAGGAAAUAAAGAUAGAAAAAGACAAAUUUGAAACGGAAAAAAACAAACUUACUAAAAAGAUUAACGAAAUGUUAGAAAUGAAUGAAGAACAAAAGAAGCAAAUGGCAGAUUUACAGGAAAAGCUUGAGUUUGGAAAACAAGAAAUAGAAUCAAACAAAGAAAAGCUCAAACAAAUAGAUAAGUAUGAAAACGAAUUAUCAGAUUUGAAAUCAAAACUUCAGAAUACAGAGAACGAAAGAGACAGACUUAUAAAACAAAAACAAGAAGAGAUAGACGAACUGAAAUUAAAAAUGGAAAGAAACGAUGUAAAUCACAAAGAGCAGAUUGAUGCAUUGAAAAUGGAAUAUGAAAAAGAAAUCGACGAACUGAAAAAGAAAGUUGAAUUCUUGCAAAAAGAGAUCGAAGAGUUAAGACAGUUGAAAGCCGUUGAGAGUCAAUUGCUAGAAACAAAUGAUGAGCUUAUGAAAGUUAAAGAGAAAUAUUCUCAAAUGGUUACGGAAGUAGAGUCAAAGUCGGAUUUGGAACAGAGAAAUUUCCAAAUGAACAUGAGAAUGACUCAGAUGAAUAAUACUAUCAAGCAGUUGGAAAGAGAUAAGAAGGAAUGGCUUAUCAAAAAGCAAGAGUUUGACGAAGUUGAAGCUAAUAAUAAACGUUUACAGGAUGAAAACAUUGGCCUCAAGCAACGUGGGGGUAUCAAAAAAGUUUCUAAACAAAUUGACAAGCAAAUAGAAUUUUUAGAACGCAAACAGAAAGACGCGGAAACACGUGUAAAACAAUUAGAAGGAUGGGUAGGCGAUUUAUAUGAUGAUGAUGACGAAAGUCACAACCGCGCAACUUAUGUUGGUAGUUUGCAAGGAAGAAAAACACAACCUGCUAAGAAAAAGCAACCUUUCACAAAAGCUUCCAAACCACCGAAGACAACAAUUAGAAUCGACCACGACCGCCCAAGAAGUUUGGAUGAUGUUCAAGUAAGGGAGAAAGACAUUUACGAAAAGAGAUCAGAAAAGUCUGAGAAAUUUUCGCAUUCCUCCACUCCGAGCUUGCCUGCUAUUGAACCAGAGACUAGAUUAACAUUUGGUUUAGGGUAUAGUCAAAUACAUAGAAGUCGAAUUAAAGCAGCUCAAAAGUAUAGGAAGUAGGAAUUUAAAAUUUAUCACAGCAAUAUAUCAUUAUAUCAUACACUAAUCAAUGUUAUCAUAUACUUUAUAGUGAGAUAUAUUUAAUGUCAAAUUGUGCUAUUCCUAGAGCAGUAGAUUAUGCGACGCACGCACCAGUUUUUUUAGAAUUCGCAAGAAUCAGAAAGAAAACAACUUUUAGUACGAGUUUUACUAGAAAUGCUGCCAUUUCGAAGUUUUGUCAUUUUCGAUUAUUUAUUUAUGCAAUGAAAACAUAGUAGAGCGCAUCUGUGAUAUUCAGAGAGAAUUAUACAUGAUAAUUUUCUCAAAAUAAAAAUUAAAACACAAAAAUCUUCAUGAAUAAGCAGCGUAAUGU